AUGGCAAAGAGACCGCUAAACGUUACAAUAGUAGGCGCCGGGCUCGCUGGUCUAGCAACAGCCAUCUCGCUAGCUCUCGAGACGGCCGACUUGCCAGAGUCGGAUCGACCGUCCAUCAAGAUCCUCGAGUCUGUACCAUCGCUCAAUGUACCGGGCGCUGGACUGCAAGUCACGCCAAAUGCCACCCGGCUGUUGUCUCGCUGGGGUCUAUUGGAUCGUGUUGAAGCGGUAUGCGCGGAACCAAAGCGAUUAGUGGUGCAUCGGUAUGACGGGUUCCCGUUCAUCGAUGUGCACAGAGGUGAUCUACAGAGUCUGCUCUACGAGCGAGCAGUGGAGUUAGGCGUCAAGGUCGAAUGGAGACAGAGAGUAAGAAACGUUAGAUUCGAUUCACUCACACUGAGCUCGUCGCAAGAAGGGCCCUUUGUACAUAUCACGACGGAGAGUGGUUCCAGCUACGCAACAGACAUCCUCAUCGGCGCCGACGGCAUCUGGUCUAAGUGUCGUGAACUCCUUCUCGGCCACCCUGAUGCCCCUCAACCCACGGGUGAUCUAGCAUAUCGGAUCAUCCUCACUCUUGAAGAUCUCGGCACUGAUGAAGAGCUCCUAAAGUUGGUCAAGAAUCCCGAAGCACACUUCUGGACUGGCCCGGGCGCUCACUGUGUUGGCUACUCAGUACGCGCUGGCGCUUCACGGAUGUACAACCUUGUUCUGCUAUGUCCGGAUGAUCUGCCAGACGAUGUUGCCCGGCAGGUAGGCGAGGUCAGUGAGAUGAAGCAGUUGUUCGAGGGCUGGGACCCGAUCUUACUGAGAUUUCUGGAGAAAGUGAAGAAAGUCGACAAGUGGAAGUUGAUGCACAGGCCGGAGAUGGAGCGGUGGGGGGCGAACAGUGCCCUCGAGGAUGGAGCGGUGCUGGGCUGGUGCUUAGGUAAGGUUGCGCUCGCGGGCGAAAGUAGCUCUGUGCAGGAAGAGAAAUCAAGAGGAGAGAAGAUAAAGCGGGCGGUGGAGUUAUAUGAGCGGGUCAGGAAGGUGCGAGGGGAGCAGGUCGCCAAGGAGACGUUCUUGCAACGCCAUCAAUUUCACAUGCCGGACGGACCGGAACAGCAAGAGAGAGAUCGAAUCUUCGCAUCGCAGCUGGGCAAAGAUGAGAUCGAUGACUCGAUACGCUUCCCCAGUCGUUGGACGUGUGGCAUUGCCCAGCGCUGGUUAUACGGCUACGACGCGUAUGCUGCCGUUGAGAACGCAUUUCGCGAUCGUCCAUUGUAG